AUGGCAGAGAAAGAAGAACGGGUGAAGCUUCUAGGAUUUUGGGCAAGCCCUUUCAGUCGUAGAGUCGAAAUGGCUCUCAAACUCAAAGGCGUGCCUUAUGAGUACUUGGAGCAAGAUAUAAUGAACAAGAGCCCUUUGCUUCUUGAGCUAAACCCGAUGUUCAAGAAGGUUCCUGUUCUUGUCCAUAAAGGUAAAGUUUUACCCGAGUCACAUUUGAUUCUCGAAUACAUCGACCAAACAUGGAAGAACAAUCCAAUUCUUCCUCAAGAUCCUUACGAGAAAGCCAUGGCCUUUUUGUGGGCUAAAUUCGUUGAUGAGCAGGUCGCACCAACAGGGUUCAGGUCUGUGGUGAGAGCAGAGAAGGGAAUAGAGGUUGCAAUCAAGGAGGCUCGAGAACUCAUUAUGUAUCUUGAAAAGGAAGUCACCGGAAAAGAUUUCUUCGGUGGCAAGAAAAUCGGAUUCUUAGACAUGGUGGUUGGAAGUAUGAUUCCAUUUUGCUUAGCUCGGGGUUGGGAAGGUAUGGGAAUUGAUAUGAUUCCAGAGGAGAAGUUUCCAGAACUAAACAGAUGGAUCAAGAAACUGAAUGAAGUUGAGAUUGUGAGGGAAUGUAUUCCUAACAGAGAGAAACAAAUUGAGCACAUGAAGAAAGCUGCAGAGCGAAACAAAUUGGCCUAA